UAUUCAAGAAUAAGUAAAAUCAUGAAAGAUUUUGAACCAUUCCGUAAACUCUGGAUCACUACCUCUGACUGGGUACGAUGGCAUGAGAGCUGGUUGUCUGACCCAUUAAGUGCAAUUAAUGCGGAAGACCUAGAAAGAUGUGUCACCGACUCGUGGAAGACCAUGCAGAAGUCAGUGCGUUACUUCAGCAGCAUACCAGCUGUACAGGAUGUGGCAAACGUCAUCAAAGACAACAUAGAGCAGUUCAAGCCCUAUGUGCCAUUGAUUCAAGGACUCUCAAAUCCAGGUCUACGUAAAAGACACUGGGAACUUAUGUCUGAAGAAAUAGGAAUAAAGCUACAACCUAGUCCCACCCUGACCUUCACCAAAGUCUUGGAAAUGAAACUGGAUGAGCAUAUAGAGACAAUCAUCAGGAUUUCUGAAGUAGCAGCCAAGGAGUAUGCUAUAGAACUGGCCCUAAACAAAAUGGAAAGUGACUGGGAGCACAUUGAGUUUGAUGUCCAAGCAUACAAGAACACAGGCACUUACAUGUUGAAAGCUUCCGAUGAGACCUCGCAGCAGCUGGACGAUCACAUUGUGAUGACCCAAGCCAUGGCGUUCUCGCCGUUUAAGAAAGAGUUUGAGGAGCGAAUCAACCAGUGGGAACUCACCCUUAAGCUGACACAGGAUGUCUUAGACGAGUGGUUGAAUGUUCAGAGGCAGUGGUUGUAUCUGGAGCCAAUCUUUAGCUCUGAUGACAUUACAAAGCAGCUGCCCACAGAGAGCAAAAGAUACCAAACCAUGGAGAGAAUAUGGAGGAAAGUAAUGCGCAUGGCCAAAAUGGAACCACAUGUGAUCAAAGUAUGCCCAGAUGAAAACAUGCUGACAGACUUGAGGAAAUGUAGUGAAUUACUGGAGAUUGUCUCCAAAGGGCUCAGUGACUACCUGGAAACCAAGAGAUUAUCUUUCCCACGGUUUUUCUUUCUCUCUGAUGAUGAACUGCUGGAGAUUCUCUCUCAGACCAAAGAUCCUAGAGCUGUGCAGCCACACUUGCGCAAAUGUUUCGAGAACAUUUCCAGUCUGCAUUUUGAAGAGGACCUUCAGAUCACACAGAUGUUUUCAGGGGAAGGGGAAUGUGUGGAACUGUGCGAACAGUUGUAUCCCAUCGGCAACAUUGAGGACUGGAUGCUGGAGAUUGAGAGGGUCAGCCAGCAGACGGUCAGGUCACUUCUGGCGGCAGCUUUGCCAGACUAUAAGAAUACUGAGAGAACCAGUUUCGUACUGAAAUGGCAAGGACAGAUUGUGAUUGCUGUGUGCCAGACCUACUGGAGCGCUGAAGUUGCCAAAGCUUUGGAAGAUAAAUCCCUGGCUGACUACUUCCAGUUGAUGCUGGUUCAACUUGAUGGCCUGAGAAAUUUAGUAAGACAGGAUAUCUCCAAUAUUGGACGCAUGACGUUGUCAGCACUGAUUGUGAUUGAAGUGCAUUCCCGCGAUGUUGUGGAGAGGAUGGUGAACGAGCAUGUCAAUGACCCAAAUGCUUUUGAAUGGAUUAGUCAGCUGAGAUACUACUGGCUGGAGGAUGAGAACUUGUACCAGAGAGCUGUGAAUGCUCAGUUUCCGUAUGGGUAUGAAUAUCUGGGCAAUACACCAAGACUGGUGAUUACGCCUUUGACAGACAGAUGUUAUUUGACAUUAACGGGUGCCCUCCAUCUUUUGUUUGGAGGAGCUCCGGCGGGACCAGCAGGAACAGGGAAAACUGAAACCACAAAGGAUCUUGGCAAAGCUUUUGCCAUUCAGUGUGUGGUGUUUAACUGUUCUGACCAGCUGGAUUACAUGGCUAUGGGAAAAUUCUUUAAAGGCCUGGCCAGUGCCGGAGCUUGGGCAUGUUUUGAUGAGUUCAACCGAAUUGAUAUUGAAGUGUUAUCGGUGGUAGCCCAGCAGAUUGCUACAAUACAAAAUGCCCAAAGAAUGAAGGUGGAAACAUUUAUAUUUGAAGGUGUAGAGUUGGUCUUGAGGAUGUCAUGUGCUGUCUUCAUCACCAUGAACCCUGGAUACGCUGGUCGUACAGAAUUGCCUGAUAAUUUGAAGGCCUUGUUCCGUCCAGUUGCCAUGAUGGUUCCAGAUUAUGGCCUCAUUUCAGAAAUCAGUCUUUUCUCAUUUGGCUUCUCUGGGGCAAGACUUCUGGCACAGAAAAUUGUGUCUACAUUCAAACUCUCUUCUGAGCAGCUCAGUUCACAAGAUCACUAUGAUUUUGGCAUGAGAGCAGUUAAAAGUGUUAUUUCGGCUGCAGGGAACCUGAAACGAAUGUAUUUUGACAUGGAUGAGCAACUUAUAUGUCUACGAGCCAUCCAGGAUGUCAACGUGCCCAAAUUUUUGGCUGAUGAUUUGAAACUUUUCAAUGGCAUUGUGUCUGACCUGUUUCCUAAUGUCAAAGAGGAGCCUAUCGAUUAUGGAAACUUGAACCUGUCCUUAAGGAGCAACUGUAACAAGUCAGGUCUCCAAGAUGUUGAUGAGUUUAUUCACAAGUGCAUCCAGCUAUAUGAGACAACUGUUGUGAGACAUGGUCUGAUGUUGGUUGGUCCAGCUGGAGGUGGCAAAACAGAGUGCUAUAAAAUGCUUCAGGCUGCUCAGACUGAGCUGAAAGGACAGCCCAACCCUUCCUUGUCAUUCUUCUGUGCCACACACACCUAUGUCUUGAAUCCCAAGUCCAUCACUAUGGGUCAGUUGUAUGGAGAGUUUGAUCUUUACACACAUGAAUGGACUGAUGGGAUCCUGUCUACUUUGAUUCGAAUGGGCACUACAGCUAAAAAUAAUGACAAGAGAUGGUAUGUGUUUGAUGGACCGGUGGAUGCGGUGUGGAUUGAGAACAUGAACACAGUUCUUGAUGAUAACAAGAAGUUGUGCCUCAGCAGUGGGGAGAUAAUAAAACUUACUGAGCACAUGACAAUGAUGUUUGAGGUAGCAGACCUGGCGGUGGCUUCCCCAGCCACUGUGUCCCGGUGUGGGAUGGUCUACAUGGGUACCACUGUGGUCGGCAUCCCUCCACUGAUUGAAUGCUGGCUGAGAAAACUGCCAAGCUUACUGACUCAGUAUAGAGAGCAGUUUGAGGAUUUAUUCCAGUUCUUUCUGCAGCCUGCCCUGGACUUUGUUAGGUCCCAUCUAGUGGAGAUUGUCAGCACUAUGGACUGUGCUCUGGUGUUCAGUUUUCUAAGAAUAUUAGACUGCUUCAUAAGCCCACUGAGACUGAAACCAAAUCAAAAACUUAGUGAUAUCAUCUCUGAGGACAACAUACUAAGACUGGCUGAGCUAAUUGAGCCAUGGUUCAUAUUUUCUUUGGUGUGGUCCUUGGGUGCGACAUGUGAUAGUGAUGGACGAAUCAAGUUCUCUGCUUGGCUGAGGGAGAAAAUCACUGAGCAUAAGAUAAAAGUACCAUACCCAAGUGCAGGUUUGGUGUAUGACUAUCGGUUUGAUGAUGCAGGCAUUCUUUCUCAAUCAGAGGAAGAGGACGAAGAAGGUGAAAGGAAUAUCCAGUGGAUCAACUGGCUGCAUAAGAAGGAAGAAUAUCAGAUUCUCCCAGAGAUGAAAUAUUCAGAUAUCAUGGUUCCGACCAUCGACACUAUCCGCUCAACUUACUUCUUACACAUGUUUGUUGUCAAUAAGAAAAGGCUGUUAGCAGUGGGCCCUACUGGAACUGGUAAAACGCUGACAAUACUGGACAAGUUAAUGAGAGGAUUAAGUGACGAGUACAUGCCAGUCUUUAUUAACUUCUCGGCCAAAACGUCGUCCAAUCAGACUCAAGAUCUUAUUGACAGCAAGCUGGACAAAAGGCGAAAAGGUAUCUAUGGGCCCCCGGUGGGUAAAUUUUCUGUCUUCUUCAUUGAUGAUCUCAAUAUGCCGGUCCUAGAAACUUACGGAGCCCAGCCUCCAAUUGAACUCAUCAGACAGUACAUGGACUUCGGUGGAUGGUAUGACCGCAAAGCUAUCGGUGAAUUCCGUACAUUGACCGAUGUGAACUUCCUUAGUGCCAUGGGUCCCCCCGGUGGGGGAAGAAAUCCAGUGACUGCGAGACUGCUGAGGCAUUUCAGUUACCUUGCAUUUACAGCAAUGGAGGAUGCCAGCUUGUUCAAGAUCUUCAGGACAAUCUUGAUGUUCUGGAUCAGUAAUUGUCCAUCUAUAGUCUCUCACUGCGACCAGCUGGUCACCUCCAGCAUCAGUAUGUACAGCAUGGUACAGAAGAAGAUGUUACCAACCCCGGCCAAAUCUCACUACACAUUCAACUUGAGAGACUUAUCCAAAGUGUUCCAAGGCAUUCUGAUGGCAGAUCACGAAGAAAACAAGUCCGUGCAGGACAUUCUGCGCCUAUGGUACCACGAAUGCUGCAGAGUGUUUCAAGAUCGACUUGUCAAUGAUGAAGACAGGGACGAGUUUGAGACUAUUCUCUCAGACAUCAUGAACAGUGACUUCAAAAUAAAGCUGGCCAAUGUUGUAGUCGCCCGACCGGUCAUCUACGGGGAUUACAUGAACCAGGACAUGGACCCCCGGCCAUAUCAACUUGUUGGGGAUCUUACUGGUGCACAAAGAUGCAUGGAAGACUUCCUCACUGAGUUCAACCAGCAAUCUACAAAGAAAAUGGAGCUGGUUCUAUUUAUGGAUGCAGUGUCACAUGUCAGCCGCAUUGCUCGUAUUUUGAGGCAGCCCCUGGGUAAUGCUCUUCUGUUGGGUAUGGGAGGUAGUGGACGACAGAGCUUAACAAGGCUUGCCUCCCACAU